GUUGGUUGAAGCUUUUUUGGCGAACCUGGCCCAACCCAGCCCGCUUAACCUGCAUAUUACGUGAAUUGGUGCAUUCCAUGGUGUGCGAAAUUGCGUAGCCACAUCACAUCUAGCGGCUGCGGCACGUAUCUAAUUCAAACAACAAUCUGCGUGGAACUUGCCGGAUGAGUGGUAGGCAGCGUGCCCCGAGUACUGCAAGAUAAGAUGCGCAAAACAUGGAUCAAGCGCGACAACAUCUACUAUAAACCUUUCUACAAGCAGAAGCUCAAACUCACGCUCAUCAGCGUGCUGAUGCUGGGCGUCCUGGUUUUCGUCUAUCAGCUGGUGUACAUUAGUCAGUUGUUACCGUCGGGGUCGACCCUGGCCAGCCAGAUGCGCAUUCCGCUCAAAGCUAUUAGUAAUGAUGAUAAUCCCGUUGCUUCGCCAGAACUGGGCCGGGAAGACGGGGCGUCCAGCAGACAGCGAGCGGGCGGCGGCGGCAGGAGUGACGAUCGGCGGGACUGGGCCAACGGGACGGUCUCCAACCACCGAACAAGCGCUACGGGGAACAGCAACCAGUUUGCAUAUGUCGAACGAAUAGGAAACUACGAACGGUUGAUCCUGCGCGGUAUCCGACUGCGUGAUCUCGAUCGCUACACGGAACAGCCGGGCGGCAAAUUUCGGUGCCUGACUUCGGUGCGCGAAAUCGUGUGGGAGCGGGUGAAUGACGAUUACUGCGACUGCACGGAAGAUGGAAGCGAUGAACCUGGCACCAAUGCUUGCGAUCGGGGAAGGUUCUACUGUCGUUUCCAGAAGCGCCACAAUACUGGCCGGGGGACGGACGUAUCGAUACCGAGCGGUUGGGUGAAUGAUGGUGUUUGUGAUUGCUGUGAUGGCUCCGACGAGUGGCUGCCUACGAUGGGCGAGUCGACGGCUAGCCCUUGUAUCAACACCUGUAAGCAUACAUAUUUCCUAUAGUAGUUUCUGGAUCCCAAGGGCUAGCCCGUCCCGAGGGCUGGAAGCCUACUGGGAACCGUUCUCACUUCGGUAUUCGGCGAUGUUUGGCUCACAGCGGUGGAUGAGCGGUGGAUACAUUCGCGGAAGGAAAAUAAAUCUCCAUUCCGUUUCGAGACGGCUAUAUUUAGCGUGUUUUGCGUCGUCGCACCAGCAUGAUCCCGGAACACGCUUGCAGAAUUCCAUCAGACUCG